AUGGACAAAAUCUUCAAGGAAGUUUCCGUGAAAAAGCUUUAUAAGGAUUGCAUGUUUCUGGCGAAGUACUUUGGGAGACGUCAAGGGAACGAGGAGGUCCUGAUGAAUCAAGUGCGCCAACAGUUUAAAGCAAACAUGCAUGAAGUAGAUGACGACAAGAUUAAGGAACAAAAAGAAGCAGCUAUCCGAGCACUACACAACCUGCAUCUGCUUGAAGCAGACAGAUACGUGCGGGACAAGAAGACGUGA